AUUUGAUCGAGCUCUGAAACCCAAAAGGUUAAACAAUUUCAUCUCAAAAUAGCUUGUUCAAUGUAAAGUUAUCCAUUUAGAUUGUUCAUUGACAUGUAAAACUGUUGACCAUCCAUUGAUUCACCAAUUGGUGUUAACACAAAAUUGUAAGGAAUUAACAAAUUGUACGGAUUCUUGAUUAACAUGUUUCAGUGUAACAUCAACAUCAGCAAUUAAUCAAUACCGAUAAUUGGAUCCUUUAAAGACAACAAUCAGUGUAAAUUGUGUGCAUGUGUUGGAUUAUAAUCAUUUAUGCGAUGAAAAAGCCUUAACCAGGAUUCAUGGCUAAACAAUCAACUUACUCAUUUUACCUCAAAUUAAUCAGACUAAUUGUUUUAUUGUUUAUAAACAACGCCAACUAUGGAUACACCUUAAAAGUAGAUGGAUUUACUGAAUUAACUGUCUUUGCUGGGAGUAAGGCUCGUUUAACCUGCAAUGCAACCCAAUGGAGUGAUGAUGUUUCACUCAUCAUUUGGUAUCGCGGUAUAACUGGCAAACCAUUAAGUAGCCUUGAUACAAGACGACCCUCACCAACAUCAUCAAAAGCUUCAUCAAUCUUGACUUCAUCAUCAACAUCAUCUUCUUCUUCCUCCUCCUCACCCUCAUUAUCAUUAUCAACCUCAGUAUCCUCGACGUCACCCAAUUCUGAUGGACACUCUCCUGAUCCAACCAAAUAUUAUUUUGAUGCCACAUCAGAUCCAUCAGUUUUCAUCAUUGAUCAUCUAACUGAAUCAGAUUCAGGAGAUUAUCGAUGUCGAAUAGAUUAUCGUCUCUCGCGGACACGAAACUACGUGGUAAGACUCAACGUAAUAGUUUUGCCUGAAGAAGUGAUUAUAACAGAUUACAAAGGUCUCAGGGUGAAUCAAGUAAUCGGUCCUGUUGAUGAAGGAACUGACCUUGUGCUUUACUGUGAUGCUUUUGGUAAACCCGAGCCUUCUGUUUCAUGGUGGAUGUCUGAUUAUACUUUAUUGGAUGACACUUAUUACAAAAGUCCUCGUGGAUCUAUGCGCAACGAAUUAACGCUUAACUCGCUCAACCGAUCAAUCUUGAUGAAAGAAAUCAUUUGUCGGGCUUCCAAUACAAACUUAACCCGACCCAAAGAAGAAUCUAUUUUUAUCGAUUUAAACUUGCGUCCUUUGGAGGUAUUUUUAGUACCGCCUGAUAAACAAUUAUCUGCUAAUAAACAAGUGGCCUUUGAAUGUCGUACAAUUGGUUCUCGACCUCGUCCCUUCAUAAGCUGGUGGUUAGACGGUGAUAAAGUAACCCCAUUAUCCGAGACAACCAAUGGAGACACCAAUGUAACAAUUAACACUGCUAUUUUCAUAUUUAAAUCAUACAAUAAUGGAAAGUUUUUCUCCUGCCGAGCCGAGAAUCCAAAUUUGGAUGAAAGUUCAAUCGAUGAAGGAAUGAUUCUCAACAUUGUCUAUGUGCCUUUAUUAAAGUUAACUUUAGGACCAAAUAUCAAGGGUGAAAAUAUUCGUGAAGGUUUCGAUGUUUACCUUGAAUGUAUCAUAAAUGCCAAUCCUCGAGUCUUUGAAACUUCCUGGAUGUUUGAAGGGAAACCAUUGAUUUCGGAUCCAAGUAAGCGAAUCAUCAUUUCCAAUCAAUCGUUGGUUCUUCAAAAUAUAAGUAAACACAGUCGAGGUCGAUAUCAGUGUGUCGGAAGGAAUGAGGAAGGCCUUGGCACAAGUAAUCCCCUCUAUCUUCGAGUUCAAUAUAUUCCGGUUUGUUCAGGUAAACAUGCCACCAAAAGUCCAAUGGCUAUUGCACGUAAUGAGAGAGCAAGGAUUGUCUGUGAGGUAGAUUCAGAUCCGGAUGAUGUAACCUUUAGAUGGUACCUGAACAACUCGAGUGAAACCAUUGAAAUAAAAAGUUUUACCACUAAUGGAACCCAAAGUAUACUUUCAUAUUCACCUCGAACAAGAUUAUCUUAUGGAUCACUAUUGUGUCUUGCUGAAAAUUCAAUUGGUAAACAAAAGGAACCAUGUAUAUUCCAUAUUAUACCUGCCGGACCGCCUCAACCUCCAGCUAAUUGUUUCCUCAGUAAUCAAUCAAUGACAUCCAUUUUGGUUAAUUGUGAACCUGGUGAUGAUGGAGGAUUACAGCAAUAUUUCACAAUGGAAGUAAUCGAAGCCAAUUCACAAAAUUCAUUAAUUAACUUAACAUCAAAAGAUCGUCCAACUUUCCUAGUUGACCGUUUACCGCCAGGAUCGUCCAUAAGAUUCAAUAUUUACGCAUCAAAUAUAAAAGGGAAAAGUGCUGCCAUCUCUAUAUUAGGCUCAACCUUAGGUCCACCAGAAAAACAAACCUCUUCAACAUCCACUAUAGCAGAUAAUGAGCCAGUUGAUUGGUUAAUUUGGUUGAUUGCGAUUGUUCUCAUUACAUUAAUGAUAACCAUCUUGAUACUUAUUGGUCUUCGAUUAAUUGGUAACAAGGGACCAAAUCAAAAUCAAGGUUUUGUUUCGAUUGAUUAUGAAGCUCAUCCUAUUCGCCAAGAAGACGUUAAAAGUUCACCUCAAAUGAUCUCAGCUUCAUUCAAAGGUCAAGAAACCUGUGAUGGUUAUCCAACAUCUACCUCAAUAGUGUAUAAAUUAAAUACUUCGUCUUUGCAUACGACAGUUGAUGAUAUUAGAUAUGAGACUGGAAUUGAAACGAGUGAUUAUCCGGCAACAAUGUUUUUGGAAACAACUUUGUUUGAAGGGUCCAUUGAUGAAGCAUCCAUGGAGAAACAAUUUAUCCCGUUUGGUAAAAUUAACUUGACCCAGACACAGUCAAAUGGACCUGAUGAAUGUUCACAAAUUUCAACAAAUGAUUAUUCAUUAAGACAUAUUUAUCAGCAGUUUACUGAUAAUACAAUUAAAGACAUACCAUUAUGACGAUUGAUAUCGACCCAUUUGAUGACUUAAAUUGUGAUAAAUUGUGUUCAACAAAUGAUCAACAAUUAUUUAUAAAGCAGUUUCAAAUUGACGUGACCAACAUUUAACCAAUUUUUUGCUAACCAAAACGCAUUUGUCUGGCUAAAAUGGCUCUUAUUAUAGUUAUCAAUUGGACGAGAUCGGAAUCAAUUUCUAUCUAAAUUAUGAUCUCUUUCAAAACGUACCUUCAUUGUCUGGUUAAUAUCAACAAUUUAAUUGCAACAUUAAUUCAACUGGUGCCAGUUCACAAUAGUGUUACUGUUACUAGUAUUAAGUUACGACAAAUCUUCCCAUCGAUUACAAUUAAUGUCCAUUAAUCUGUUAAAUAUCAACAAUUUUGUGACAUAUAACUUCCAAAUGAUAUGAAAUGGGGAAAAACAGAUCAAAUGGACCUGUUGAUUGGUAAAAAAUGUUAUUAAAAUUGUUACCUGAUUGUACAAAAAGAUGUGCAACUGAUGAAAAAAGUCAAAUUGUAUUUAUAUUUAAGCAUUUAUUUUUGUUAAACAUUUACUCGUUUUUUAUAAUUACAGUUGAUAAUAAACAAUGCAAUUUUUUAUCAUUCAA